ACCCGCCGUACAACACAUUCAUAUUAUACAAGGCGUCAUGAAUAUCAUUCACACAUAUAACAUCCAUAAACAAACAUAAUAAGUAAUUCAUUACGCAGCGGAAAACAUAGUUUGAAAUCAGAUGCCACACAGGGCAAACAUGAGCACGCAGGCUCUAAAGUAAAAUAUCCAUGAGCAUGUUUAUUAAUGUUCUAAAACAGAAUGGAGGAAGCACGAACCAAGUCUUCUCCCCGGGAAAUCACUCGAGCAAUGAGCACAGGAAGCAAGCUCUAGCCUCAACCUGAAAUGGUGGUGGGACGCCCCUGUUCACUUAGCCGCAGAUCCAUUUUUUUUUCUUGCUAUUCGAAGCACAAAAACAAGUAACCGCAGGGGAUUUCAUUCUUUCUGUUCAUUCACACUUAGCCGCAAUUCAGUUUAUUCAUUGGAAGCACAAAAUCAUUAGCCGCAACAGACAACCAUAAUCCAGGGAGCUUCAUUUUUCUUUCAAUUUCUUCCAUUCUAGUUUAGAUUUCAGCAAGUAUUGUAAGUUGAUCUUCAUUUACGGUAUUAGUUGUUGUUUUUUUAGACUGAAAUUCAUGUUUUGUUCUUCUCCAGUUAAUAACUUUCGAAUUUCCCAUUUAAUUAAGUCAUUCUUCUUUCUAUUUUAAUCAAUUAUUUAUCUAGAUUCUCAUCAUGUUUAUCAAUGCUAUAGUCAUGUUAAUUUUAAGUAUGAGUAGCUAAUUCUGUAUAGGGUUUGAAUUGGGGCUAGGGUUCAUGGGUUCUUGAAGGUGUGAAUUUAGUUUUUUUGAAAUUCAAUUAAUUUUCUGGAAAAUUGUAUAAGAUUAAUCAUAAUUGUCUAUAUGAAUUUGAUCACCUCAUAUAUGAAUUUUUGGAUUUAAUUCAAUUCUUGUCUAUGAGAAAUUGAGUUAAAUUAGCUUGGGUCUUAUACAAGCAAUCUGAUCUUAGAAAUAAGUUAGGAUUGUGAAAAUUUGAUUUAAUUCUUGUCUAUGAGAAUUCAUUUAAUUUUCUUUCCAGGAACAAUUGAAAAUCAAUUUUACUUAAUUCUAAUCCCGAAAGAACACCCAGAAUCCGAACCAUCCAAUUUGAACCCUGUUUUAAUAUUCUGAAUCAAUUUACUUAUUUUUUUUAUCUAUUUAUUUUUGCACUUGCUUUUAGUUAAUUUUUUUUUAAUCACCAAAAAAAAAUUAUUCGGAAAGAUUACCAUGACUUGUGCUAGCCUGUGAUCACAGACUGUAUUUAAAACUUCCUUUUUGCCACUCCUUGAGAGACGAUACUCGUGGUCUGGUUAUUCUUCGGAUUAGCCAACUACGUUUUACUUCACUAAAAAAAAACACCGAUCAAUAUACAACAAGUAUUUCAAACACAAGACCCUCAAAUAGGGUGAUAGUACAAUAUGGUUGUAACCCUAAGUUACCCCGUUUGAAAAUAUACUUACUUUAUAUAAAAGUCAAGUAGUCGGCCCGUGGGCCCAAGUUCGUUUAGAAAUCACCAUUCCCAUUCCCCGUGACUAUAAGCCACGACAACUCAUAGAGUCCAACCCUAAACAUGACAUUGUAUUCUAGAGCUCCGCUCUAUCACAUCACCAUACAAUUCAUGUCACUCGGGUCAAUUUCCUUAUCUUGCAUUCUAGAGCACGGCUCUAUGACAUCACCAUGCAAUCCUUAGAGCUCCAACCCAAUACAUGACAUUGUAUUCUAGAGCUCCGCUCUAUCACAUCACCAUACAAUUCAUGUCACUUGGGUCAAUUUCCUCACCUUGCACGAAGGUCCAAUUCCUAAGCAAACCUAUGCCUAGAGUUGACAUAUCAACAAACUACCUUGGGUCAUCCUUAAAGACUGCCCAUAACAUAACCUUAGCUUCAUACUAAGUCAUUAUAUACACUUGAGUUAUAUUCAAGUGCAUUGCAUACAAUCCAAUUCCUAGGAUCAAUUCUAUCAACAAUUUCCAAUAAUCACUAACUAGUAUUUCAAUACUAUUAAGAUUAUUGUUAUCAUACAAAUAUUCUCAUUUUGUAAUUCUCUACAUAUUUAUAGACAUGUAGCAGCAACUUAAGUAUUCAAUCUCAAUACAUAAAUAUUCAUUUAUGUAUCCACAUAAUUCAUACAUGAGUAAAACCUCUAUUUCACAAAAUAGUUCUUUUAUAACUCUUUUAAUCUCAUAUUGUUCAUACAUCCUCAAAUCAUUUCCAAUUUCAUUCUUUGGAAACUAUAUCAAUAUUUCAUCAAUAUUUAAUCAUCAUAAUCCAUGAAAAAUUAUGCUUUAGGCAUUUAGGUAAUCUCAUGCUUAACCUACAAGUUGUAAGCAAUUAGAUGUCAAUCCUCACCUUAAAUGAGCUUUAAAACUUUCCUUCUCGAUCCAAUGACCAAAGCCUCUUGACUUGCCGAAUGAGUAGGAUUCCUCAUCUUUAUAAUCGUCAAAACUUUCAAGGGGUCUAGACAUCAACUCCUUGAUUCUCUCAUAUACUUCAACGGUUUUCGGCUCCAUAAGCUGUGUAAUUAGCUUAAGUCGUUUCAUACUUCUACACAUGGAAUCCCAGUCAAUUGGAUCUCUAUUAGCCAUCUUUUUUUUCCACACCAUUCAUUCUUGGGCCGGAGAAGGAUGAUUUAUACUAAAAAAAAAUUAAAUUGUCACGGUCUUAGUCACGGCUUUAUCCGUGACUAACCUGUCAGACUGGCAGCCGGCGAGGUGUCAGGGCAGCCGGUAUAGUCACGGUCUUACCCGUGACUAAGACCGUGACUAAUUCAAAUUUUGAAUUUAGUCACGGUUUUAGUCACGGAUAAGACCGUGACUAUACCGGUCAAAGGCGGCUGAUGCCGCGUGGUUGAUUUCGUUGAUUACGAAGAGUUUAGUCACGGAUAUUUCCGUGAGUAAAUCCGUGACUACUCUCUCAUAUAAAACUAACACUUAGCAAAUUUUUUUCUAACCUACGCUUCCAAACCCUAUUUUCCUCUCAAACUCUUUCCCUUCUAACUUCCCCUUCCACUGCCGCCGUCCUGAGUGCACCGCCGCCGCCGUCCUCCGUCCAUUGCCAUUGUCCGCCGCCGGUUGCCGCCGUCCACUGCCGUCGUCCACCACUCCUCUUUUUUCGCACCUCACUCUCCACAUCAAGAUGAGCAAUGAACAAUCAACCUCGCGUGCCCGCCCAAACUAUGUUCCCUUAACCGAAGCUGAGCGCAACAAUGAAAAUGCGCUUUGGGUGACGCCUCACAUGGUUGCAAACGAUCAAGAAGUGUUGGACCGAAUCAAACUCAUAAUUGGAGGACACUUUCUUGGGAACUGGGCAAGUUACACGGAUGUUGACCCCAAGGUUCGUGAACUUUGGUGGAACCUAUUCAAGGGCCAGUUUCGAUGGACUGAAGCCCAAGGUCCCGCUAUUCUUAGAGCGUAUAACGCUAGGAUUUCAAACUGGCUUCGUCCUACUUUUAGGCGUGCCCGAGCGAGCGGGGUAAGGCCUGGAUGGUGUUCAGAGGAGGUGUGGGCCAACCUCGUCCAUCACUGGUCUUCUGAUCCAAACUUCUUGGCAAGAAGUCAAUCCGGUAAGAAAAAUCGGAUGUCCGAGAAGGCCUUGGAAACCCAAUGGCAUGGGGGCCGCAAACCUCAGAGUAAACAUAAAGAAGAUCUUGCGGGGCCUGAGAAGAAGAAGGUCUCAAUUCUCAAGGUCAUUAAGCACUGCUGGACAAAGCACGGCGAUGAGUCGGAAGCCGACCUGCCACCCCGCCUCGCUGAAAUCGAAACGAAGUAUAACACAAAUGUUGAGAAGAAGCGGACGGAAUUAGGCUUGACUCAGGAGGAUGAGAUUGAUUCUGAUGUGGAAGAUGAAGCAAUCGUUGAGGCAGAUGGGGUGUACAAGGGCCGGGUUCCAUGCAUGGGGGCCGAGGGGCAACGGAUUUUGUACGACCGCAGCGGCGCUUCUUUCUGCGUGUCUCGUACAAUAAUGAUGAGGGGAAACGGAUUUUGUACGACCGCAGCGGCGCUUCUUUCCUAUAUCAAUCAAUGCAGAUAUAUCAAUGUUGAAAAGGGUGAACAUACCAAUAAUGACGUCAUUUUCGGGUUGCUCUUCCGUACUGCGCUAACCAUCCUUGUUCUCCCUGCCUAGCUUAGUACGUAACAUAUAGUAGCUAUUUGUUGUAUUUUAUAUGCCAAGGAACUUAGGACCAUAUGGAAAGAAAAUUAAGGUUGCAUAUUUAUAGUGAAAAUCUUUAGACUCUCACCGC